GACUGGGAAUGCUCAAAACAGGCAAAAAGAAUGAGGCCAAUACAGACGGGACAGAGCCCAGGGAGAAAUAGAACCCAUUUUCUUGAGUAAACAGGGGUAAACCAAGUCUCAGGACACUCUCUUCAGACAUUCCAAAUACCAAGAUGGUUAAGAGAGAGAUAAAUCUGUGCCAACAAACGUGUGCCUUAUUGUGCAAGAAUCUUCUCAGAAAAAAGAGACUGAAAAGAGACACAUUUUUGGAAAUCCUGUACACAGCACUUAUCCUACUUAGUUUAACUUUAUUUAUGGAAUUGCAUGAAGUUCAUGAUUUUUCAUCACUGCCUGAUGUGGACCUGGGACGCAUUGAUUCAUUUAAUGACUCCACCUUUAAGAUUGCAUACACACCUGUCACCCCAACAAUUCAGAGGAUAAUGGAUAAAGUCUCUUUGGUCUCUUACAUGACAGGAAGAACAAUAUUGGCUUUUCCAAACGAAGAAAAUAUGACAGAACUCAUUUCAGAACGUUACGAUGACGUAGUGAGGGUCAUAUUCACCAAUGCUUACUCCUACCAUUUGAAGUUCAUGAAAGGAACAAGGAUCCCAAUCAUAAGGGAACUUCAGGACCACACAGCUCAUUGUUAUUCAUAUGGAGAUACCAUUUCUUGUGAUGUUUCAAGCUUCUGGACAGAUGGGUUUGUGGCUCUUCAAGCUGCCAUCAACGCUGCCAUCAUAGAAGUCACAACAAAUCACUCAGUGAUGGAAGAGAUGAUGUCACUUACUGCAAAAUACAUCAAGAUAGAUCCUUUUGUUGGGCAAGAGGGAACAACAACGGACUACUUCCUUUUGUUCUGUAUCAUUUGUUUCUCCCCACUUACCUACUAUAUCUCAGCUGGUGUUACAAGAGAAAGGAAAAAGAUGAAGGGCUUGAUGACAGUGAUGGGCCUCCGGGAUUCCGCAUUCUGGCUGUCCUGGGGCUUGCUCUAUGGUGUCAUUGUCUUCAUUGUGAGCCUUCUCUUGACAUAUAUUGUAAAACUAGUCCAAUUUGUCUUUUCAACUGGAUUUAUGGUGAUCUUCAGUCUCUUUUUCUUCUAUGGCUUAUCUCUGAUAUCUUUGUCUUUCUUGAUGAGUGUCUUACUAAAGAAGACUUUCCUCACUGACUUGGUGGUCUUCUUUCUCACUAUUUCCUGCGGAAGUCUUGGAUUUACAGCAUUGUACAGAUACCUUCCUGUAUCCCUGGAGUGGCUUCUAAGUUUGCUCAGCCCCUUUGCCUUUAUGCUUGGAAUGGCCCAGGUCUUACACUUGGAUUAUGAUGUGAAUUCAAAUGCAGACCCCAUGGGAAACCCAAAUGAGGUCAUUGGCACAAUCUUCAUGCUGUUAUUUGAUGGUGUCUUCUACCUGAUGUUGACAUUCUACUUUGAAAAGGUUUUACCAAGUGAAUAUGGACGUCGGUACCCACCCUUGUUUUUCCUGAAGUCCUCAUUUUGGUCAGGACAAAAUUCAGUGGAUCUCCCGCCCCUUGACAGUAACAUAGACUAUGAGUUUUCUGAUGACUGUUUUGAACCAGUGUCUACAGAAUUCCAUGGGAAAGAAGCCAUCAGAAUCAGAAAUCUUACAAAAGAUUACAUACAAAAGUCUAAGUGCACAGAAGCUUUGAAAGAUCUGACAUUGGAUGUAUAUAAAGGCCAGAUUACUGCAAUCCUUGGUCACAGUGGAGCUGGGAAAUCAACACUAUUAAAUAUCCUUAGUGGGUUGUGUGUUCCCACCAAAGGUUGGGUCACUAUCCAUAAUAACAAAGUCUCAGAAAUGACUGACUUGGAAAGUAUCAGCAAGCUCACUGGAGUUUGUCCACAAUGCAAUGUGCAAUUUGACUUCCUCACUGUAAGAGAAAAUCUUAGGCUAUUUGCUAAAAUAAAAGGGAUUCAAGCACACGAAGUGGAUAAUGAGGUACAAAGAGUUCUGCUGGAAUUGGAGAUGAAAAAUAUUCAGGACAUCCUUGUUCAAAACCUAAGUGGUGGACAGAAGAGAAAGCUGACAUUUGGAAUCACCAUUUUAGGAGACCCUCAGGUUUUCCUACUGGAUGAGCCCACUGCUGGGCUGGAUCCCUUUUCAAGGCACCGGGUGUGGAAUCUCCUGAAGGAGCGCAAAGCAGACCGUGUGGUCCUCUUCAGCACACAGUUCAUGGAUGAGGCUGACAUCCUGGCUGAUAGGAAAGUGUUCAUCUCCAAGGGGAAGCUGAAGUGUGCCGGCUCUUCCUUGUUUCUGAAGAAGAAAUGGGGGAUUGGUUAUCACUUAAGCUUGCAGCUGAGUGAAGCGUGUGUGCGUGAGAGAAUAACAUCUCUUGUCAAGCAGCACAUCCCUGAUUCCAAGUUGUCAGCAGAAAGUGAAGGAAAACUCAGUUACAUAUUACCCCUGGAGAGAACCAACAAGUUUCCAGAUCUUUAUAGGGAUCUGGAAAGAUGCCCAGACCUGGGAAUUGAGAACUAUGGUGUUUCUAUAACAACGCUGACUGAGGUCUUUCUGAAACUGGAAGGAAAAUCAGUGAUCGACCAGUCAGAUAUUGGUGUGACAGAAGACAUACAAGCUGGAGGGGCAAGGAGCCCAGGGAGACUUGCUGAUGUGGAACAACUUGUCUCUUUGCUUAAUGAGAUGAGUAAGACAAAGGUGGGCAUGGCUCUUUGGUGGCAGCAACUCUGUGCAGUGACCAGGCUUCGCUUCUUGAAGUUAAAAUCUGAAAGGAAAUCCAUUGCUAUUCUGAUUCUGAUUUUGGGGAUUGGACUUCUGCAUAUUAUGUCAGCAAAUAUUCACAGGAUAGUCCAUCAAAGUGACUACUGUUGGGAGCUUGCUCCUCAUAUGUACUUCCUCACACCUGGCCAACAACCACAGAUGCCCCUCACAAACUUACUGAUUGUCAACAAAACAGGAGCAAAGAUCGAUGACUUCAUACAUUCACUAGAGCAACAGAACAUAGCUUUGGAAGUGGAUGCUUUUGGGACUAGAAAUGGCACAGAGGACAGUCAGUAUAAUGGAGCCAUCAUCCUAUCAGGUGGUGAGAAGAAUUACAACUUUACAUUGGCAUGCAAUACCAAGAGACUGAAUUGUUUUCCAGUUCUUGUGGAUAUCGUGAGUAAUGCGCUCCUUGGACUGUUCGCACCAUCAGCACACAUUCAAACUGACCGCAGCACAUUCCCUGAGGAUAAUGGCCACAGAAAUUUUGAUUAUAUGGUCUACUUCUUCUCGUGGAUCUUUUUGAUGGCCUGUGUUCCUCCUUAUAUUUCCAUGACCAGCAUUGAUGACUAUAAGAACAGAGCUCAGUUCCAGCUGUGGAUUUCAGGACUCUCCCCAUCUGCAUAUUGGUUCGGGCAGGCUCUGUUUGAGGUUCCAGUCUACUGUGCACUCAUUUUUUCUAUGUACAUUGCAUUCUAUGCCUCAGCCCCUCCAGAGAGUGUGUUCACAGCUGGAGAUCUAUUUAUUCAGAUUCUCUAUGUUGGUGGCUAUGCCAUGUCAAUUAUUUUUAUGAUGUAUGUGAUUUCCUUCAUUUAUCGCAAGGGGAGAAAAAAUAGUGGCAUUUGGUCACUUUGCUUCUAUAUUGUCUCUUUCUUCUCUACCUGUUUUAUGCUUAUUGAUUUCUAUAGAGAUACUUCACUAUUUUGUCUUAUUGCCCUGAUCCCACCUGCUACACUGGGAGGAUGCACAUUAUUACAUUUUGAGAAUCGUCAAUAUUCUGAAAUAGUUUCUGAAGGAAGGGAAUAUUCUUAUCUGUUUUACCUAGCUCCUUUUCUUCAUUUUGUCAUCUUCCUAGUUAUUCUUCAAUGUCUGGAAAGAAAGUUUGGAAUGAAAACAAUGAGAAUGGAUCCCAUCUUUAGAAUUUCUUCUAGAAGCGAUCAUGUAUUUAACAAUCCAGAAGAACCAGAGGGGGAAGAUGAAGAUGUGAGUCUGGAAAGAGUGUGGACAUCAAAUGCUUUGACUUCUGCUGACUUCCAGGAGAAGCCAGCCAUCAUUGCCAGCUGCCUUCGCAAGGAGUACAAGGGAAAGAAGAAAUGCUUCGUUCUUAAGAGCAAGAAGAAGAUAGCCACAAGAAACAUCUCUUUCUGUGUUCGAAAAGGUGAGGUUGUAGGAUUACUGGGACAUAAUGGAGCUGGUAAAAGUACAUCCAUUAAGAUGAUAACUGGAGAAACCAAGCCAAGUGCUGGACAGGUGCUGCUGAAGGGGGACAGCACAGGGGGCACCCCUGGGUUCCUGGGGUACUGUCCUCAGGAAAACGCUUUGUGGCACAACCUGACGGUGAGGGAACACCUGGAGAUAUUUGCAGCCAUAAAGGGGAUGAGGAAAAGUGAUGCUAACAUGGCAAUUGCAAGGUUGGCAGAUGCACUCAAGCUGCAGGACCAGCUGAAGUCUCCUGUGAAGACACUGUCUGAGGGAGUGAAGAGAAAGCUGUGCUUUGUGCUGAGCAUCCUGGGGAACCCUUCCGUGGUGCUUCUAGAUGAGCCAUCCACCGGAAUGGACCCUGAGGGGCAGCAGCAAAUGUGGCAGGCGAUCCAGGCCACCUUUGCAAACACAGAAAGGGGUGCUCUCCUGACCACCCAUUACAUGGCAGAGGCAGAGGCUGUGUGCGACCGUGUGGCCAUCAUGGUAUCUGGGAGGCUGAGAUGUAUUGGAUCCAUUCAACAUCUAAAGGGAAAAUUUGGCAAAGAAUAUCUCCUGGAGAUGAAGGUGAAGACUCCAAUGCAGGUGGAGCCCCUCAACAUGGAGAUCAUGAGGCUUUUCCCCCAGGCUGCUCGACAGGAAAGGUACUCUUCUCUGAUGGUCUAUAAACUGCCCAGAGAAGAUGUGCAACCUUUAUCACAAGCAUUCUUCAAAUUAGAGACAGUUAAACAGAGCUUUGACCUGGAGGAGUACAGUCUCUCACAGUCCACCCUGGAGCAGGUCUUCCUGGAACUCUCCAAGGAACAGGAGCUGGAUGGUUUUGAAGAGGAACUUGAUCCCUCAAUGAAGUGGAAGCUCCUCCCACAGGAAGAGGCUUAAUACUGAAAUUUUUAGCUAUAGCUGUUUUUUCUUCUCUAGUUGCUCAAAGCAAUUUUGCCUUUAAUGCUACAUCUAUUGUUGUUGAGUAAGCCAUUUGACCAUAGAGAUAGAAGGUGCUGAUUACGUCACGAGUAUACAGCUCUUAUGAAUGGGAUUAGGAUCAUGAAUAAAGCCACUGAGCUAUCUCACUCUCUACAACUUAUUUUUUUGUAGUAUAGUCAUUUUAAAACACAUUAAUUGUAUGGAUUCCUGACUUUAACUGUUUGUUUAGAGGUUUGUUGCAACUGAAGUUGUGACAUUUCAGUACAUGUAUGUCUCAGCAUCCUUCCCUCAGGACCCUUCAUAGCCCUUUAUGUGCUUCUGCUUUCCAUAUUUGGUUUGGUAUGUAUUUCUACAUAUAAGAUAAAGCAUAUACUCCUC